AUGUUCACAAUGGAGCAUCCUUCCUACUUGAAGACUGGUCUUCCAGGCUUCUUAACACAGCACGCUGUCGAGAUCCACGUCACAAAGCACCACCAAGCUUACAUCGAUACAGCUAACAAGCUCAUCGUUGGUUCUGGCCUUGAAGGCAAGUCCAUCGAGGAAGUUAUCCAGAAGGCUCAGGGCCCACUCUUCAACAACGUUGCCCAGCACUUCAACCACUCCUUCUUCUGGAAGUGCCUUACACCAGAAAAGGUUGAUGUUCCAUCAAAGGUCGCUGAUGUCCUUGCUUCUAACUUCGAAUCCGUCGAGAAGUUCAAGGAAACAUUCACAGCUAAGGCUUCAACAGUCUUUGGCUCCGGCUGGUGCUAUCUUUACAAGAACAAGGAUGGCAAGUGCGAAAUCGGCCAAUACUCUAACGCUGUUAACCCAGUCAAGGAUGGCCACAAGCCACUCCUCACAGUCGAUACUUGGGAGCACGCCUGGUACAUCGAUUACGAGAACAGAAAGGCUGAAUACUUCAAGAACUUCUGGAACCAUGUUAACUGGAACUUUGUUGAACAGAACAUGAAGAAUGCCGGACUUUAA